AUGCGGGUGUUUUUAUGUAUUUUUGCCCUAGUUUUAGCCGUAAAAGCAGAAAAACGGUUUCGAUCUGAUAAGAUCAACUACAUUUAUGAUAAAGCGCUACAACACGUCCAGGAUAAGCAAAGACUGUCCAAGUUAGAGGUUUGGAUGAAUUUAUCGUAAUAAUUUGAAUGAAACAUAUUAGUCUGAACUUUCAAACUACGACGGGGUCUAUCUGGACACUAAAGAUCUCCACGGUUCUGGAAAGGUCUUAUUUUUAAUUUUUUGAAAAUAAAAAAGUAUUUUAGGUCGCGGAUUUGAACAAAGCACUUGGAAAGCUCGAUAAGAAACUUGUCACAGUUUUGGAAAAGUAUGGCCUUGAAGAAACCGUGCAAUCUUUCAAAGAGGUACAUAAAUUUUUUUAGAGGGUAAAAUUGAUUGGAUUUACAGAAAAUGAAGCUGAAAAACGCCUGGGAAUACAAAGAAGAGAAUUUGGAGCUGCCUUCGGAAAAAUUUGCCGACGAAAGAUUGCAAAAAAUUUGGCAACAGGCGAUGAUCGGCAAAUUUUCCGACAGCGAAAUGCUUGGUUUGUUAAUUACAGGUGUUUUUUUUCGCACAGUGUUCUGUUUGUUCAGAACUUCACAAAGAACUGAAGGAAGUGGAACGGAAAAUGAACAUCUACCACGACUCGCUCAACGAGUUCAACAAGGUGAAUAACUUGAUUAGAUAAGGAACAGUUGAUAAAGAAUGUGUCAAUUAAUUUUUUUGCGAGAUUUACAGUUUCAAAAUAUUUUUUUAUAAUAUUUUUAAUCAUUUUCAGGGUCCCCACGAGAAUUCUGUGAAUGCAGAUCAUGAUGAUCAUCGAGAAAAGGUUUUUUUCUAAAUAAUAAAAAAAGAUGUCUUUCAUGGCAAAAAAAUGUUCAUUCUAGAGGUUUUUUUUAAUAAGUGGUGUUGUCUUGCAUAGAAGCAGCAUUUAUUUCUAACUAUUUAAAUAUUUCAAAUUUUUGAGAAACAGGAAAAAGUCUUUUUGAUUUUGAUUUUUUUGCUCAAAAAAACUCCAUAUACUCAUGUUGUUGUCUCGAAAAAGCCUUGGCGAAAGUUUUUUUCGAUUGAAAUCUUCGAAUUCAAAAAGUAGCGAAAUUUCUCUAAAUUUUUUUGGAUAUAGUGUUUGAGAAACCGGAAGUUCAUUUUUUUAAAUUUUUUUACUUGCGAAAUUAAGUCAAAAAUAACAUGAGUUUCAGUUCUAAAUUGAUAAAAUAACAUUUUUAUUUAGGUUCAAUUUUGGAUAGUUAAUUCAUUUUGUUUUCAUUUAUUUGAGAAUUUCGGGAACUUUUUUUAUAACUUCGAAAAAGUUAUUUUUUUCUUCCAUGUGAAAAAAAUAUAAAAGGAAGUUUUUUACAAUUUUGUUUCCGUACUAAGGAAGAUUUUCUAGUUUCAUCGACGAUAAGAAUUGUGAAAUCGUGUUUUUGUUCAUUUCAUUUCUGUCUUGUUUCAAAUGAUUAUUUUUUUAAACAAAUCUAGCUUGAUUUUUUUGGAUUUUCUCUUGAAAUUUCGUUUUUCCAGAAGUUUAAUGAAUCCUAAAAAUCAAGUUUGUUCUUUGGUUUCCUUAAUAGUUUGUUUGAUAUUUUAAAAAUAUAAAAAUUUUCAUCACCUUAAAGGAUAAAUUGAAGCCUUUAAACAAGUUUCGGGACAAUUUUUAUUUUUUUUUAAAUUCGUUCCAAAAUUUCAAUAUACCUUUCCUUUUUUUCUUGUUUUUGGUUUUAAUUUUGAAAAAUUAUUUUUUUUCUUGGUUGCAGAGGCUGAUAAGAGUUAAUCAGACGCCUAAAAAAACAAUUAUUUUAGCUGGUUUAUUUUAUAAGUAUUUUUGCAUAUUUUGCUACUGUCUUUUUGCUGUUUCUGGUUUCCCAUAAUAUUGAGAAAAAAAACUUUUAAUUUGUUCAACUUCUCCACACCUAAUUUAUUUUGAAACUCUGUUUCAGGUGAAACAGCUGAAAAAAGCCAACAAGGAGAUGAACGAUCACCUGUCGGAAGUCCACAAACGCGUCACUUCUGAGGAAUAUUCGCCCUUCCGCGAGGAAAAAGUCAAAAGAUUGUGGAAAUUGGUUAGUUUUCCAUGAAGAAAAAUGGAAGAUUCGUUUUUUCUAUAGGCUCAAGCGAACUCGAACUUUACGACCCACGAUUUGGACAUUUUGAAAGAGGAAUUGCUCCAUUUCGACAAUCAAUUGAAGAAAAUUGAUUUUCACAAGGUUUGAAUUUUUUUUUUAAUUAAUGGAGAAGAGAAGUCCUUUGAGAAAUUUUUUUCUAAUUUUCUAAAUAAUUAAAAUUUUCCAUUUUCUGAAUGGAAAGGUUUUUGUGUCAACUUUUUACAGCUAAAAUAUCAGAAAAAAAUCCAUUUUUUUUUCUAUUUUGAAUGUUACUGCGUUUGAAUUAUUAUUGAUCAUUGCUGCGAGAAAAAAAUUUGAAAAAAAGCUUCGUAAAAAAAUUACAUUAGUUAUUAAAUGGAAACGACGCACUAACUAUUAAAAAUUUUUGCAUCAAAAAUAACAUGUUUUUUUAUAAAUGCGUGAAAAACUGAAUCAAUGAAAUUUCAUGAAUCAAUAAAUAAAUACAUUUGACGGAAUUAGAGUCCUCAUACUCCAUUCGUCUACAGCUUUUCUUUCGUUAAACUUUCAGAAAAGAGAAAAAACAGUAAAAAUUGGAAUGGCUUGAGAUCUAGUGGUUGAUUUAAGUUGCACCCGACUAAAAACGGCUUUCGCCCUGGAGCAUCGCAAAAUGUUAGAGUAACCUGUUCAAGUUCAAUUUUGAACCGUAGCGCGACCGCAACGCUUUGAGCCAUUCCAAAUGCGGUUUUAAUUCCUAUUUGAAUACUUUGUUUAUUUUUCUGAUUUGGAGAAACCUGAAGAUCUAAAGAAUGUGCCUUUUAUUUUUCAAAUAGUCAUCGAUUAGUAUGUGGAAUGAAUAAAUGAAUAAGUUGUAUAUAAUAAAAGUGGGAAAUACAGGAAUUCGUGAAAAAAAUUAGCUCGUAAUUGGGGCCGAUUUGCAGAAAGAACUCGGAACGAUGAAGGAAAUGCGGGAAAAAGAGGGCAAAUCGAGUUUGCAGAAUAUCGAAGGCGCCGAGCUCGAGGCCCGCCAUGAGAAGUUGUCGCGGAAAAUCCGCAAACUCGAGAAAUAUCUCGAGACCAAAGUCACCCAUUCCGAACUUUGAUCUGUAGAUUUGAUUCUGAACAAAAGUCUUUUCGUCUUGAGACCUUCCUCAAAUCUUCCUAUGCUCCUUUAAACACCUUAAAAAGGCCUUUACAGUCCGUUUUUCGCGACUUGGAACUGUUGUUCUCUCUGCGCCCUCCUCUCGGCAACUCUCUCAUUUCGCUGUGCUAUUUCCAUGUUUCUCUGACCUCAAUGCUGAAGGAAAAGAGACGCAGACAGGUCAGACGGUUUCAAGUAUUGGUGAAUGAAGACGUAUUUUUCAUUUUCCGCCACUUGAAAAUGUUCUUUUUCUCUGCGCCCUCCUUGUCUCUCGACGACCCUCUCAUAUUACCGUGCUUUUUCAUCUUUCUCUGACAUCUCCAGCGAGAGAACAGAGAGACGCAGACACUCGAGAAUUUUCAAAUCUCGCCGAACGGACUAUAGAAAGUUUAUUCAUAGUACAUUCUAUAGAUUGUAGAUUUAUCACUUACCGCAUUUUGCUCAAAAUCUGGUCCCAAAUCGUGCUCUUUUAAUAUAAUAUCCGGGUAAACGUUGGUGUAGGUUCCUUGUUAUUUUGUUCACUUUGUUCCCCUGUCAUAUUCCCCUCAAUCCAAAAAAUGUGACAUUUCCUGUCUAAUCCGUUAUUAUUUGUGCACCUUUUUCGUUUCCUUUGUUAUGGACUUGAUAACAUUUUUUUGCGGCGUGUAUAAAUAAUCGCGACACAACCUCGCAUUGUGCCUCUUAUCUCACUGACCGCGUUAUCGCAAUUUCGCAAUUAUUAUCUUUGAAAAUGUUGCGAUUUUUUGUGGAGUCAUUUCAAAGGUAAACUGCAGACUGAUGUUUGACCGAAUCGUCCAGUUCACCCGGAAGCGGCUCGCCUCCGAAGAUUUUCCGCAGUUUGGAUCCGUCGACACCAAGGAGAACUGCCAUCAGCCCAUUGGUUCGUCAAAAAUCAAAAAACUUUCCAAUUAUUUCGCUAGGGAAUUUUUUUCAUGUGGUAGAUCUAGUCUCUAGCCUAUUGGAAAAGUCGCAAAUUACUUUAUUUGUUCAUUUUUUAAGCUUCUUCCCACAAAAAAUUGAAUAUUUUCUCGGAUUUUCAUCCCGAGUUCCAUAACUAUUUUUCAUAGCAUCUCAGUUUCUAGUAGACCCUUGUUAGUGAAAAAUUAUUUCAAAAAGUUGAAAAAUUUUUUUCAAGAAUUUUGUAGUAGUUCUAAAAAAAUCAGUUAUUUUUCAAAAAUUUCAAAAAAACUUAUUGACUGUAAUAAUGCCUUGAAAAAUUGAAAGGCUAAUGUAUCUGAGUUGUAACGGAGAAGUUUCAUUUUUUUAAUAAUUAUUUUUUUCAAUUAUCUUUUCCAUUUUGGUCAGCCGUUUUUCUAAGGGUUCCAAAGAAUUUUUUUAGGGUUCAAUUAUUUGAGGUUUCUCGAAAUGAUGUCUCUUAUGCCGUGUUCAAAGCAGUUUUGACAACUUCAAAAUUGACGCGUUAUCCGUUUAGAUUAAUUUAGCGAAAUACGCAAAAUCGGGAUUUCGAGAGCCGUUAGAAAAUUUGGAUCCUUCAACUAGAUUGCGAAUUCAAAAUUUUGGUUGAAAAAUGCUCGAAAAGUUUCAAAAUUUGGAGUUUCGCGCGUAAAAGUCGUUAACUCGUUGUGAUGCCGAUGUUUACACUGCACUCGAAAUUCAAAUUUUGUCCAUUUCGCGAAAUAAUUUCGAAAGAAUCGCCGAAAUUACUUUGGACACGACAUUAGACUUUCCGGGGGACAGUUUUCGCUUUUCUUAAGGGAUGACUAGAUACAUAUUUAAGUGGACCCUAAGGUGAACCUUUUUCUUUUCAAGUACCACUUUAAAAAGCAUGAAGCUCCUUUAUUCAAUCCUUAAAGUACUGACUUGAAUCAGCGGCGAAUUUAUUUUACUUCUGACUGAACCUUCAGUUUUUGAUAUUUUCAUUUCAAGAGAAAAAAAUGAAGACGACUCCGAAACAGAAAGUCUGCGCCAAGUGUUUGGCUGGCGACGGCGGCCACAUCACUCACAUUCUAACCGACGCCACCUAA